AUGGCUGCGGUUGUUCCAACUGUGGUAGUUGCGUCCAAUUCAGGCGGAAGCGCAUUUUUGCACCCUCUCAGGCACACAUUCGCCGCUGCCGGUUCAUUCCUUCGCUCGAGUUGGAAACAUUCAGAUACGAGUGUCCACUUCUUACAGCUGAACUCGAGGAGGAAGUUCGUGGUGCGAGCUGCGAGAAUGGAGUCAAAACGCGCUUCUUUAGGCUCCAAAGCUCCUGCCUUUGAGCUGCCAGAACCUCUCACCGGGAAGACAUGGAAACUUGAAGAUUUCGAGUCAUACCCUGGUUUGCUGGUUAUGUUCAUAUGCAACCACUGUCCCUUUGUUAAGCAUUUGAAGAAGGAUAUAGUGAAACUUUCAAAUUUCUAUAUGGAGAAAGGACUUGCUGUCGUUGCAAUUUCUUCGAAUUCUCUAGCUACACACCCACAGGAUGGACCUGAAUCCAUGGCUGAGGAUGCUAAAUUGUUUGACUAUCCAUUUCCAUAUUUGUUUGAUGAGUCACAAGAGGUUGCACGGGAUUUCAGAGCAGUCUGUACGCCAGAGUUUUUCCUGUACAAAAAGGAUGGGAGGAGACCAUUUGAGCUGGUUUAUCAUGGCCAAUUUGAUGAUUCCAGGCCCAACAGUAACGUGCCUGUAACUGGAAGGGACUUAAGCAGAGCGAUAGAUUGCGUCCUAAGUGGGCAGCCAGUUCCGUCUGUUCAGAAACCAAGUAUUGGGUGCAGCAUAAAGUGGCAUCCCGGGAAGGACCUGUAG